AUGGGCUUCCUUAGAGGCAUGAAGCAUCUGUUUGGGCAGCCAUUCCGAAACCUCUCGAUCCAGCAGCGACUCUUGCAGUUGUUCCGGUUUGCCUCUUCCAUCUUGACCGUGGCGUUUGCCAUAGCAUACUUGAUUCAGUUUUCAAAUAUAGACAGGGGUCACUUGGCUCGAAUAAACUGUGCCCACUUGGACGUUGCCUUGGGACUUUACAAAUCGUUGAGAACCUCCAUUUCUUCUACGGAUGUAAUAGGUGAAGGCUCAGACAUUUUACCUGUGCACACAGAGCUUACAGACUCAGAAAUCCACAUUUUGACCCAGUACACGGAGAAGCAGGUUGCUGACGCCGCUCAGUAUAUUCUUCUUGGUGCUGAUCAGUUUUGUAUGAUCACGUUUGAAUCGACUCAUAGUGCCACGAACCAUGUGGUGGAAAAAAAUGUCGAGACUAAUUGCAGGAAUUACGGGCCUGGUGGCUUGUUUGAUUAUCCUGAGAUCAUGCUGGAAGCCGGGCUCGAUAUCAUUUUGGCGUAUGCCUACGAGUCAAGCUACCAAAUCGACGACGAGUACGGUCGUCGCUUCCAGGCUCGAAACAAGAGGUUUCAUGUAAUAAAGGCGGUGAUGAUCUUUGAGGCAUUGGCGCAGCUGGUAAUUCUAAUGUAUGGUUUUGUUCUUUACAACAACAGAGGCGGCGCCAAAGAUCUUUCCAGUAUACCUAAUAUCACCCUUAAUGGACUUGCACUUUUAGCUCUUGGAGCAGGUGUUACCAUGAUCGUCGCAUCAUCCAUUGCUACUAAUGAGCUACGAUCGAUGCAGAAGGAGAUCUCCAAAGGUAUGUCGAGCUACGGUGUGGAGAUGGUGAUCGGAGAUACCUUCCUUGCCCUUGUGUGGUGUACAUUUGCAUUUGCCGUUCUUACCAUGUUAUCUUGGGCUUUACCCUUGUGGUGUUCCAACCCAAAUGAUGACGGUUACAACUCCGACGAUGAGACAACUUACCAGUAUCGUGAUUAUUCUGGUAAUGGUGACGGAGACACCUUUGUCGUGCAACCCUAUCAAGUCUCCAGGCAGCUCAAGCGCAACAAGACAAAGCAAUCUAUAUCUCGAUUAUUUGAUGAAACUGCGGCAUUGGCCGACGAUGACAAGAAUGUCACCUCAACGGGCACUCGUGGGUACCGUGACGAGGGGCCAUUUGCAUCGCCCGAAGACGCGGACACUGCCCAACAGCAUAACCCAUUUCAGCCAGAGAUGGUUGAGCUGAGCAGUCAUAUUCACAAUGAAACCGAGCUCCGAAGGUUGGGUGACACGAUACAGAGAAAGUUUUCAGGAAGACGUAAAAACUCCAAGCACAGAAGACAACCUCUGAGGGACUGGCUUCCAGAGAGGUCUGCCACGCAUGAUUUACUUUACGGAGACAACCAUUUCUCCAAUCACCAGUACCCACACUCUCUCCCUGGAAUCUCUGAGAAUGAUAAUCUUUCAAGAGCAUCGACACUCAAGAAGUUGGCCACAACCAAUCGUUCCAGAAGUGACACUGUAAAUGGGCUUCAGUCCCAGGCGCAUCAAAAUUUGCAUAUACCAAUGAGCCAACAUGGGCAUAAUGGCUCAGGCGACAAUAUAUCUGUUCUCGACGAGCAGGAAUUGCAACUUUUAGAUAAUGCUCAAUUCAUAAAUAAGAUUGUCUAG